AAAAUAAUCAAUAAAAACCAGGUUCACCAGGUUGUAGGCGUUGUUGCUUAGAAAUCUUAAAAUCUCUUCUUUUCCUAGUUUUCCUCCGGUCGGAGGUAAACUAUAUAAUAAAUAAACUGAAAGAAUAAACACUUGCAAUGGCGUUAGAGCCCCUGAACGUGGCUAGACGUAAAUUAAACGAAGUGCUCGGUGAAAAAUCAACAAAAUAUUUCAGCCACAUGAAACAAUGGUUCCGAAUGAAGCUGACUAAAGAAGAGUUUGAUACUGAAGCUAGAAAACUUCUGUUUCCUGAACAAGUUCAUCACCAUAACGAGUUCUUAUUGGCCUUGUUGAAUAAAGUGGAAGGUUUAGCCGAAGCUUCAAUCAGUAUCGCUCAAGAGAAAGCCAGUACACAUAACAGGAACAGCCGGAAACACAAGAGGAGUUCCCGUACGUCGGAGAAGUCUAACUUCGAACCUGCGGACUUACUGGAGUACUUGCCGCCGAAUUCACCACCAGGCGCCGGUAGUGACGGUGUCAAAUAUGCUGCACAGGAGAUAUUCCUCCCAGACCACGCACUUGUUGUGGGCCGUUUCAUGCUAGCAGCUUGGGAACUCGGACUUGAAGGUGCUGAUGACGAUGCAGCUGAUGUCAUUGUAGUAGCAGUCCAACAUUUCCUCAAGAAUGUACUAACUGCUGUAUUAGCUCAAAGGAAAGGCUACAAGAUGCACAACAAACGCUUCAUGUACGAUAUUGGAGGUGACAUGCCAAAUAUGUGGCUACGUAACACUGCCAAGCUGUAUGAUCCACAAACUGAGGGACGAGUUAACGUUGAUGAGGGUAUGACGGACUUGCUCGGGCCACGUUGUCCACCCACCAUAGAUGAAAUGGAACAUGCUGCUGCAUUUGAAAUUGCAUGCAGUGAAACCAACAAUGAGCCCAAUAGUGAUGUACUGACAAUUGACGAGUUUUACAACACAUUACUCACACACAAGAACAUUAUAUCCUGUCAUUCCGUUUAUGCCAUCAAUAUGGAAAGAUUAGCCACCAUGCUAAACCAUCCUAGUGUCUAAGAGAACAUAAUAAAUGUUAAUGUUUACCUA